AUGACGAUACGUUACUACAUUGGGAAUCCUAUGCUACCACCCUGGUUUCAACUCCCUCCUAGAGAGCCAUCCCAUGAUGGUUACAUCGAUUCGGGACUUGUGACACGAAUGCACAAUGGUGCACUCUUGGCUUACAAGGUGGUUCGGAUACAUAGCCUAGCAAUUUCUAGAGGUUAUUCUCAAACAUGGAGUUUUGAGAUUUAUUCAUCGGAUACGGGUGAAUGGAGUGUUAAACAAGUUCUCCCUGGUCCAGAUCCUAGUACUAAUCCCGUUACUAGGAUCAAGACACCUAAUACGGUUUCUUUGAAUGGGAAACUUCACUGGCUUGAUCACACGGGCCGUAUUAUUGUCCAUGAUUUCUUCUCUCACGAUGAUCAAGUUCGAGCCAUAAGCCUACCCGCCGGGACGCAAGACGAACGCAACCUUCCGAGCGAGAAGAUGAUCUGCACCACCUCGCAAGGAUAUUUUGUGCUCAUUGAUGCUGAACAGCUACAAGAUAACAAAAGCUAUGACGUUAGGAUUUGGAGGCUCAGGUGUGAUUCUUGGAGCUGGGAAAAGGCACGGGAGAUCAACAUGGAUUCUCUAGGGCUUGGCCGUCGCUGUGUUCCAGUGGCGAUCAACUGUUUUGAUAUCGACAUCAUCUACCUCUGGGACUUAGACGGCAACUGUUUCGUAGCUUGUAACCUUGGGACGCUCACAAAAUCUUAUGGAGCUCGUAAAAUUGUUACUAUCAUCCACGCUCCUUUUCGAAACCCUCUAGAUACUCGUAGAACCAUCUACAGCGAAGAUGUUCGCUGCUUCCAGUUCCAGCGAUGUUCUUUCGUUUCGCAUUUUGUUCCGUCCUUGCAAGUCGUACCUACAUAG